AUGGCUUCUCUUGGCCUCAGUCCCGCCGGAGCUCAAGCUCCUUGUCCUUAUCCUUCAUCGGCACCUGUAAUUAUCCGCUUCCUCCUUGUCCUACUUUGCGCGAGCUUCGCCACGGCGGCGGCGAAUGGCAGCUGCACCUGGCAAGGCUGGAAAGACGCCCCCGGGGAUGCCUCUCAGUGGCACAUUCGCGUUGACCCGUCGGGCCAGUCCGGGACCUUCACCACGGUCCAGUCCGCCAUCGAUGCCGUCCCCGAGAACAACAACCAUUGGUUCUGCAUUUACGUCAAGGAAGGUACCUACAGAGAGAAGGUGCAGAUUCCUAAGAACAAGCCCUUCAUCAUUCUCAAAGGACGAGGGAAGAGGAAGACCGAGAUCGUGUGGGACGAUCACGAGACGGUCGCCCAGAGCCCCACUUUCACUUCGUCAGCAGACAACAUCGUUGUCAAGAGCAUCAGUUUUCGGAACUCGUACAACAACCCCGUCAACGAGAACCCGAAGGUUCCGGCGGCGGCGGCGAUGAUCCUCGGCGACAAGUCCUACUUCUACCGGGUCGGGUUCUCGGGGUUGCAGGACACAUUGUGGGACGUGGAAGGCAGGCAUUACUUCAAGCGUUGCACGAUCCAAGGGGCGGUCGAUUUCAUCUUCGGAGGUGGCCAGUCCAUUUACGAGGGUUGUGCCAUAUCGGUGCUCGGGAACGCCCUGCCGGGGUUGUCGGGGUUCAUCACGGCGCAGGGGAGGGAGAAUGAGCAAGACACGGACGGGUUCGUGUUCAAGAACUGCAACGUCUUCGGAUCCGGCUCGGCCAAGUUAGGAAGGCCAUGGCGGGGUUACGCACGGGUCCUCUUCUAUCACUCUAACUUCACGGACGUCGUCGACCCUAAGGGAUGGGAUGCCUGGAGUUUCGUCGGCCGCGAGUAUCAGUUGACUUUCGUUGAGUAUGGCUGCUAUGGACCUGGAGCCGACAUGUCCAAAAGGGUGAGUUGGGAAAGGAAACUCGACGACUCAUCCGUGCAGCAAAUGACGAGCUUAAGCUACGUUGAUUCCGAAGGAUGGAUUGACAGAACGCCUUUUUAG